CUAUACCAACAGUAAGAGAGAUGGCUGAAGAAAAGGGGGCCGGUUCUCAAGAUGCUCUAGCAGCUGCUCCAAUCAUGGUGCAGACAGAAAAUUCAAGCUUUAAUAUUGGUAUGGUUUUGGAUGAAAAAAACUAUGAUUUAUGGGCUCCUCUCAUUCAGAUCCAUAUUGCUGGAAGGAAGAAGAUGAGAUAUCUCCGUGGGUCGAUCAAGGCACCUCAUGAAGACGAUCCUAAAUAUGAUGACUGGUUCUCUGAAGAUCAAAAAAUCAAGAGUGGGCUUUUGUCUUCAAUGAAGCCUGAGAUUAUGAAACGGUACAUUCGGUUGUCUACAUCAAAGGAGAUUUGGGACUCCCUUAAAGCAGCUUACUUUGAUGAGAAUGACGAGGCUAGAAUUUAUUCAUUGAAUCAAAAGGCAUCACGUCUUCGUCAGAAUAGCCGACCUUUGGCAACCUAUUUUGGGGAGCUAACUGAGAUUUUCCAAGAAUUGGAUCACUUUAAUAGAGUAUCCAUGGAGUGUGAAAACGACAUCAAGAUAUUUCAGAAAUCCACUGAGAGACAACGAGUCUAUAUAUUUCUUGGUGGUCUUGAUGACAGGUUUGAUCAGGUACGUGGAGAAGUGCUACGGAAGGAUCCCCCACUUGGCCUUCAGGCUUCUUAUGCAUAUGUUCGUCGUGAAGCUGAUAGGAAGGAAGCAAUGAAGAUGGAGGUUGACAAGAGUGAACCUGCUGCCAUGGCAACAAAAACCCGUGGAUCAUCCUCUGGGUUGAACCGAGGAGGGUCACAAAACCGGCCAGGACAAACUUGACCUAGCCAGCCAAGCUGGGA